AUGGUCAACAAGUCGGCUGCUCGCCACGUCAGUAUAACUACUGCCCUCUCCUCUUCGGGGCUUGUAAGUGUGAUUGGAGUGGUGGUGGAUGUCUUCGGGACGCCCUUCCAGUCAAGUCGUUCCUGGUGUAUCACAUUCACCCUCAAAGACACUGACUUUGGCAACGGACACGUUUGGGAUGGGCUGAAGAUCAAGUACUUCAAGGCUAAUCAAAGUCAACUCCCGCCUGUCCGAGUGCACGAUGUUAUCCUAUUACGCAACAUCACUAUAACAAAAUUCAACGGAAGGCCUCUAGGUGUCGCGCCUGAUGAGACUACUAUCCUGUGGGCAAUAUAUCGUCCAGAGCCAGGCUUCGUGGACAUUUCUCCCAUCUGUGGUCCGGUUCCUUUUGAGCCGUCAUAUUCGGAGAAGUCGUAUGCAUUGUCUUUGAUAGACAAAAGCUCUAACAUCAAGUCCUUCCGCAUCACUUCUAAUGAGAAAAAUGCUCCUCCAACUCUACGUUCUGUGAAAUCCGUAGUCUCUGCACCCAAGUCAAAUUCCAAUCAAAAGUUUUCCCUCAUCAAAGAUGUUGAAGAAAGAACCUUUGUGGAUCUCACCGGCGAAGUAGUCAAGAUUUUUACCAACGAUAGCGAGAAGGUCGCCCUCUAUCUGACUGACUACACCGCGAACGAAGGGCUUCACAACUACACCAUUGACGCCAACAAUGCUCGUGAAGGGGAUCAGUUUGCUUACCUAUCACACCCCAAGAGACAAUGGCAAGGCCCUGCUGGUCGCAUGACUCUCCAGAUAACUCUCUGGGAACCACAUGCUUCCUUUGCCCGAGAACAUCUCAAGGAGGGCAGCUUCGUUCGAUUGAGAAAUGUCCAUAUCAAACGAAGUCGCAUAGAAGGGUCUCCAUUGGAAGGGGCUAUGCACUGCGAUCGCCAGAAUCCCGAUGAAAUGAACAUCCGUUUGAUCGACGCUAAGAACGAUGACCGCGGCCGAGAGUUGCUGCGUCGCAGAAAGAAGUAUUGGGAAAGCAACCCUCGAAAGCGUAAAGCUGAAGAGUUGGAGGAGACAACUUCCCAUCGCAGCAAGUCACAGAAAAGCCAAAACAAGAUACCGACAGCGAAAAAUGAAGAAGGUCAGACCUCGCUCUCGUUGCCCAGAAAACACGAAGUCAAUAAGACUAGUAAGCUCAUCCUCGUCCAGACCACAAGAACCAAACCUAAUCAAUGUCCGGAAACAGUUCAGGCAUCAAAUCCAUCUAUCAAAUGCACGAGUCUUGCGGACAUCUUAGACGGCGAGUUUCACGAAAAUAUCUCGCCUAAUCAGAUUGAAUAUCGGAUUCCUUUUCAAAAUGUUUGUUACCGAGCCACUGUACGCGUGGUUGACUUUUUCCCUCCAAAACUGGAAGAUUUCGCCGUUCCAGAAGAGUCGGAUCAUAAGCCGCGUCUUGACGCCGAGGUGGAUGAAAUACACAACUUCCAUCGUGCGGAUCGUUCCAUUAGAUGGCAAUGGCGGUUCUGCCUUCUGGUUGAAAAUGUACCGCCUCAUCCACAUGGGAAGUCCAGCCAGCGAAUGAAGCUAUUUGUUUCUGGAGCUGAUGCUGAGUAUCUGCUCAAGCUUGACGCCGCCAAUUUGCGGGAAAAUCCUUCCAAAUUACGUCUGCUAAGAGAAACGCUGUUCCACCUUUGGGGUGACCUUGAGGAACGGAAAAAAGCUGCUAGCAAGGAUGGCUCAUAUCCUCAUGCUCUGGGUCCACUUUCGUCCCGACCGUUUACUUGCUGCAUCAAAGAAUACGGAGUCAGGUGUGGUCAUGGGAAGUCCCCAGAUGGUAAGAUCGACGACGGCACUGGCUGUAGUGAUGAGACCUGCUUUGGCUGGGAGAGACGAUUCGCCAUGUUCAAUACAACUAUCCAUGCCUAG